AUGAAAUGUAACUAGCAGGUGUUUGUUUUGAAAAGUCACGUGAUUAGAAACGAGCUUUCAUCGAGCAUGUCUUAGCUGAAGAGAUAUUGACAGUUUUCGUAUAAGCAUGGAACUCUGUGUAUUGAUCUAGAGGACCACAAUGGAUAAGACAACAAAAGACACCAAGAAACCAGAUGAGAAAAAAUUUAUAGCAGCUGAUGGUGGAGAUGAAACUAAAGGCCGAAACCCAAAGAGGGGACAAAAAGCUGAGACCAAAGACGCAAAGCCCCCCACAGAGAGAAAGAAGCCCAAACAUGUAGGUACAGACAGUAGGAGCGUAGUGGAGAUGGGAAACGAGAAGGAAGAUACGGCCAACUUACGCAGCUCAAUGACUGCCGGCAAUGACACCAAAACCUGCUUCUUCUACAAAGAUGAGGACUAUCGUUUUCCAGGGGUCAAAAUUGCACUCAAUCCUCGCAAAUACAAAAAAUUUGACACACUGUGUUUAGAGCUAUCUCGUAAAAUUCCUGGCCUGGGUUUUGGGGUGAGAUCAAUCACCACACCUACCGGUCGCACCAGGAUAUCAAACCUGGACGCGCUGACACAUGAGGGAAAAUAUGUUUGUUCUUCCAGUCGAGUGAUGGUUCAUGGAUUAGACAUGAAUCGCGUUGGUGGUCGUGAUGUGUGGCACUACGCCAGGCCUCCUAGUGGUCGGCGGGUGCUGAACCAGAUCCUUAGGGAAGAGGUUGAUUUUAAGGAGCCUCGUUUUAAAAAGUCCAAGAAGCCAUAUGACAUGGCUACUGUGUACAACAAGAGCCAGCCAAAGAAGAUUACGGUCCUGAAGAAUGGAGACCCCACCUACAGGCACGUAGUGCUGUUAAACCGCAGGACUGCGCAGCAGUACGAACAAGUGUUACACGAUCUCAGUGAGAUGUUCAAGUUUGCCGUCAGAAAGUUGUGUACAACAGAGGGGAAAAGGGUUGGAGGGCUGAAUCAACUGUUUCUGGGUCCAGACACCUUGGUGUGUUGUGGGCCAGAGCCUUUCAGACACAUGGAUGGGGGAGGGUACUACGCCACCCCCAGAAUUAUGUCACGUGUGUCCCUGAAUACAAGAGGCUCAGACUCUAUUGCAAAACGUAUGAAAGUGAAGAGAAACCGCAUGACCAAUACAAAGGGAGAGUGGAAGGUGAGUAUUAAGACGAAUGGACACGCCUCCGCCUCGACACAGGCUCAGGUCACCAUCACAGUGUACGGUCACAAGGGCAACUCAGGACCCAUCUCUCUCGGCAGCGGGGAUGGCAGCAACUUCAAAUCGGGCAGCACAGACGAGUUUGAUAUUUCUGUAGGAAAUGUGGGAGAGAUUUACAAGAUCCGAAUCAGUCAUGACAAUUCUGGCGAUUCUCCAGGCUGGCUAUGUGAUGAGGUCAAGAUGAGUGACAAGGACACAGAUGAGGAGCUGACCUUCACCUGUCGUCGCUGGCUUGCGCGAGAUGAAGAUGACUUUGAAAUUUGUCGCGAGCUUCCUGCCGUCAGAAAAGGAGAACCAAUCCUGCCAGUGGUGCGGUACAGUGUUCACGUGACCACAGGAAACCUGUGGGGGGCUUGCACAGAGGCCAACGUGUACAUGACGAUGUAUGGUGACCGUGGCGACACAGGGGUCCGACAGCUCUACUCUCCCAGCAAGGGCUGUUUCCAACAGGGCAAAACUGACACCUUUACUGUGGAGGCUGUGUCCCUAGGUCACCUGAAGAGGAUCAUCGUGGGCCACGACGGAACAGGGGCAGGGAAUGGCUGGCACCUGGAGAAGAUGGUGGUCAAGGAGCCCUCUGGUGGCAGAGGAAAAGACGAGUCAGUCUUUCACUGUGGAAAGUGGCUGGAUGAGGGACAGGAUGAUGGAAAGAUCGUGCGAGAGCUGAAGGUCCAGGAGGAGUACAUGGAUGAUAUCCUAGAGAAGCGCAAUUGGGAGUACGAGAAGUGGAAGUUUGAGAAAGACUGCCAGGUAAAACUGUACUCACUGUCCUCCGGUAAAGCGGUCCGGAUCAAACAGAGCGGAGCCAUCGACGCACUGGGCAGUGACAUGGACUUCCAUGCUGUGUUCAAUGUGGUCCAGAGGAAAGUGAUGGUGCGGAUGUUCAGCAGUGUCCCAGACCCUAACUCAUUUGUUUGCAUCGAUAAUGGCAAGAUGGUUGCACAUAAGGGCAGUGGCCCUUACUGUGAGUUCCGACUGAGGGUCCAGGGGGACCGCUCCAUUAUGUUCGAGUCGGUGAAGAACCCGCUCCAGUUCUUGACCUUUGAUGAGGAAGGUCACCCAGCAGACGUCAGGGGGAUCCUGGACAAGGAGAAAACUCGGAGAUUCUUUGUCUACUGCAAGGGAAUGUUCAGGCACCGCGGGGUGGUGGUGUUUGCUACAUCUUUAUAUCAAGCUAUCAACAUAAACGGAGACCUAACAAUGACCGCCCUCGGAACACCGUCAAGUAAAAUGGCACAGUUCAGGGUUCACAAGGUGGCGGGCAAUGGUGUCAGAAUGUUUGAGAGCAUUUCACAUCCUGGGAAGUACAUCCGCCUGAAGGAUGGGAAGAUCGAUUGUCAGGGUAUCCGGGAUGAGGCCUCACAUUUUAUUGUAGAGAAGCGUAGAUCUGGGGGAUAUGUCAGCCUGCAGUCUGCUUCACAGAGAGGCUUGUACCUGGGAAUGAAGCCGGACGGGAGAGUGUGGCCGACAGUGGAUACUGGGGUCCACAAUGUCCACCUGUUUCCUCAGGUUGUCGAAUGGGGAGUAAGGAAGACUCCUAGCAUUGCUGAAGAGGAAGAGGUAGAGGAGCCAGUGAGAUCUGAGACCCCCAGGGAGGAAUCUCCGCCCCCAGUCAAGCCCGGCCAUGCUGUGUUUUUGACUGAGGAUGCCCGAUUUCGUGUGGGGGAGGAUGAUUGGAACAUCCAUGUAUCCACCAUUGAGGAACUCAAGAAUGCGGAUGUGGCUGUUGUGGUUUACGGAGAGACCGGGAAUUCCGGUGGAGUCAGGCUGGAGGCGCCACCUGGAAAGCCAAUCUUUCAACCAAACAACGAGGACGGAUUUAGGGCCAGCCUUAAGGUGGGUAAAUUCUACAAGAUUCGCCUGGAACUCAUUCCAAAGUCGGCAGAGAAGAAACCGUCCUGGAAAGUGAAUGUGGUCAAGUUAACCAAUGUGGAGACAGAGGAGACCUUGGUCUUUCGGUUUGACCGGUGGUUGUCAAGGGAACAUGAGGACAUGGAGAUCAUGAGGGAACUUCCUGCUAUCUGGCCAGGGGAGGAAACUCCGUCAGUCUUUAAAUACUAUGUGCUGGUACACACUGGGGAUGUGGAUGAGGCAGACACAAAUGCUGAAGUUUACCUGAACAUUUUUGGAGAGAAAGGUGACACAGGAAAAAGAGUGCUGCUUAAUUCCAACAACAUCAGCAAAUUCAGGAGCGGACAGGUGGACAUCUUUGAAAUUGAGGCUGUAUCUCUGGGAAAACUAGAAAAGUGCAUUGUGGGACAUGAUGGGACAGGAAGUGAUCAGGGAUGGUAUUUAGACAAGAUCAUGAUCAGAGAAAGUGAGGAAUCUAAGGAGGAGUACAUCUUCCCUUGUGAAAAGUGGCUGGAUGUGAAUAAAGAAGACAGGCGCAUUGAGCGGACCUUGGUUGUGAAGGAACCUGCUCCUACCAUUAGAUAUUCAGACAUCAAGGAAGUUCUUCCAGUUCAAGUGGAUACCAUCAUUGAAGAAGAUGAGGAGAACACCAUCAAAGAAGGUGACUGGAAAAUAUGGAUCACCACUGGUAAGGAAGAAUCCAUGGCAACCAGCAACAUGGUGUUCCUGUAUGCCUAUGGUACCAAGGGUAGUGCUGGUCCUCUUAAGUUAGGCAGCGGUAAAGAUGGCUUCUUCCGUGCGGGUACCACAGACAUCAUCAAGAUGUCCUUUGGCAGUGGGGCUGGAGAGGUGUACAAGAUUCGCAUUGGUCACAAUGAGGCUUACCCAGGGAGCGGCUGGUAUCUAGAGAAGCUUAAGCUUCAAGACAGCUCCACCGGAGACGAGUUUGACAUUGAGGUCAACAGGUGGUUGUCUCGUGCCCAUGAUGAUGGAGACAUAUGGCGAGAAUUUGCGAUUUCUCAGAUUGGAAAGAUUUUACCAGUGGUGACCUACACGGUGGAGGUACAUACGGGGGGCACCGAGGGGGCAAACACCACCGCCUCCGUCUUCAUCUGCAUUUAUGGAACUCGUGGUGACACAGGAAAACGCAAACUUUUUAAGUCCCAAACUUCCAACGAUCCAUUUCAGAAAGGAGGGCAUGAUGUGUUUGAGUUGGAAGCGGUGUCCCUAGAUGAAGUGGAACGUAUCGUGGUCAGUCAUGACAACAAGGGCUCUGACCCAGCCUGGUACUUGGACAAGGUCAUUGUCCGUUCAGAGGAAACUCCAGACAAAGACUACAGGUUCAACUGUGGCAGGUGGCUGUCUGAGACUGAGGGAGAUGGUAAAUGUGAGGUAGAGUUGACACCAGGCUGGUUCACAGAGAAGCCAACAAAGUCCAGAGGAGAGUUUAGUUUAUCUGUAAAGACCUGUGAGGACUCCUCCCCGUCUGGAGGGGGUAAGGUGGACCUGGCAGUGUAUGGGGAGAAGGGUAAGAGCGAGGACAUCACCCUGACUGCCCCCAGCCCCGGGGACAAACUGUUUGAGCCGGGCAACAUUGACAGCUUCACUAUAAAUGUGGGUGAGAUUGGAGAUCUGUACAAGAUAAGAGUUAGCCGGGAGGACCUACACACUUGGAAUGCUUGGCACCUGGAGGAGGUCAAGCUUCAGGACCUGGACACCAGUGAGGUGUUCAUCAUUCACUGUGACCGCUGGCUCUCUAGGGAGAAGGAUGACUUUGAUCUUACAAGGGAGUUUCCAAUCACCCACAAAAACAAAACCCCACCUGAAGUUCACCAGUAUGAGGUGGAGGUCAUCACAGGAAAUCACUGGGCCGCAGAGACCGAUGCCGACUUGUUUGUUACUAUAUUUGGAGUUAAGGGGGAUUCGGGCCGGAGGAAACUUUAUCACUCCUACCAGGAGGGGGAUAAGUUCCAGAGAGGAAAGGUGGACAGAUUUCUGUUUGAGGCUGUCUCUCUGGGAGACCUCAGCCAGGUUCAGAUAGGUCACGACAGCCUGGGGCACGGGGCGGGGGUCUACAUAGAGAGUGUGACGGUCACAGACAAAACAGUGCCCGGUGUACAGUAUGUGUUCCCCUGCCAGGGCUGGCUGGAUGAGAGGGAGGGAGACAAGAGAACAUGGAGGCUGCUGUCUUUGUCAGAAAAGAGAGAUCCUUCUAAGAUGCCUCCACAGAGGGACUUUAGGAAGAAAUCCAAGGGUAAGUGGUCUGUGACAGUCAAGACCUCUGAGGACCAGGACUCAGGAACCAGUGCCCAGGUCUCUCUAAUUGGGUUUGGGACCAGGGGACAGUCUCAAAAGCAGCCACUAGGAUCAGGUCAACAGGAUCAGAGCGAGUUCAGACCGGGGGCUAUCUCAGAAUUCAAUGUGAGUUUUGGAGACAUUGGAGAUUUACUAAAGAUCCGUCUGGAACACAACAACAAAGGGCCUUCUCCCUCCUGGCAUGUUGACUGGGUGGAGCUGGUUGAUGUGGAUACGGAUGAGUAUCACAGGAUCCACGUAAAUCGCUGGUUCUCCACGGGCGAUGACGACAGACAGACCAGCAGGGAAUUCUCUGUCAGCCGCCCAGGGGAAAUGCCACUGCCAGUUUGCCAGUAUGUGAUUUUAGUCCAGACAGCCUUGACCUCUGACCCAGCGGCAAGUGAGGGUCAGGUCAGUAUCAAUAUUCAAGGAGAGUAUGGUGACACAGGAGAGAGGAAAUUGAGUGGCAAGUCACCGUGGAAACCAGGAGAAGAGGCAUCCUUUAUCAUAGAAUCGGUCAGUCUUGGUGCUCUUACCAAGAUCAAACUUCAGUUUGAAGGUCAAGGAGUCAGCUGGUUGGUAGACAGAGUCCGAAUCUUUGAGAAACCCACAGCAAUCUGCCAGACUGUGUUCAACUGUCAUUCCCUCCUGGACAGCAGGGAGGGUUCCGGAAGUGUGUCCCGGGAAUUCCCAGCCACAGCUGUUCAGCCCUCUGAUGUUCCCAACAAGGUUGUGGAGCGGUUCUAUGGGGACAUAUCUCCACUCGUCUCCAAGGGUCGCUGGCGCAUCCUGGUGGAAUGUGGGAAAGACGGAACCGAGGACGAUGUCUUUUUGAUGGUGUAUGGGAUCAAAGGUCAAUCCACCCCCCACCACAUCAACAAGACAGAAAAACUCACCCCUGGUGCUCUACUUAUCUCUGAUUUAAAUGUUGGGGACAUUGGUGCAAUAUUUAAGAUUCAAUUAUACAUUGGAGGGAAUCCCAUCGGCACACCUUGGUCACUUAACAAGCUGAAGCUGAAGGAUGCCGACACAAAUCAGCUGUUUGUGUUCACCCACAACAAACUGAUAGAGUGUACGCCCGACAACCCGACUGGGGUGGUGGAGUUACCGGCCGUGCGACCUGACCUAGCUCCUCUCCAAGAGGAUGAGUACAUUUUGUAUGUAUCGACUGGUAACCAAGAUUUAGCUGACACUGAGGCUGAUGUAUCCUGCAAUCUGAUUGGAGAAUGGGGAAGUACAGGGUCAAGGUUACUGGCUAAGUCUACCAAUCAGGUGCCAUUUAAGAUGGGACAGGUGGAUGAGUUUAAGAUCCGCGGUCUGGAGCUGGGCGGGCUGAAGGAAGUGGUGGUCAGUCAUGCGGAACAGGGGCGGGGGCGGGGCUGGCUGUGUGACAGGGUGGUGGUCAAGUCGGCUCUGUCCAGUACUCUAAGAGUGUUCCCCUGUAACCGGUGGCUGGACACGGGGUGUGAGGACAGACAACUGGUCAGACACCUGAAGCCCAUUGGUCAGAUGCCAGUCAGCAGUCCCCCAGUCACAGGCAAAUCCAAGGGCCGAUGGAACUGCACCGUGAAGACAGCAGACAUUGAUCAACUACCUGAUGUUGCCAAAAACCGCAGCAGUAAAUCGCGGGAAGUAUCACUGAUGAUCUAUGGCAGUGAGUCGGUACAGGGACCAAUAGAGCUGAUCAGCUCAGGGAAUGAGGCCUUUCUACCCGGACAGACAGACAAAUUCUCUGAGCUGGAUGUUGGGGAGGUUGGGAACAUUCAGAAGAUUCGAGUGUGUGCUGGAUAUGAGCAGGAUCCGGACACAGUCUGGACCGUGGAAAAGGUGAGCCUGGAGGACUGUGAUACAGGAGAGGUCUUGGAGUUUGACUUUUCCCGCUGGGUGGGCGAACUUGGAGGGGACAUCAGGAAGGAACUCCCUGUGAUCAAAAUGGGGAAGGGCAUUCAACAAGUGCUUCCGUACCAAGUCCAGGUGUUUACCAGUGAUGAGGAGAUGGAUUCUGGGACAGAGUCUCACGUGUUUAUCACGCUUUAUGGCCGGGAUUCAGACACAGGGAGACGACAUCUCCACCUCAACAACAGGAAGAGCUUCCAAACUGGACAGGUUGACACAUUUGUCGUGGAGGCCGUGGAUUUGGGUGGUUUAGAGAAGAUAGUGAUCGCUAAGGGACCAGGGUCUCCAUGGUUACUGGAGAAAGUAGUUGUUAAGGAGAGUGAGUUCAGUGCUGAACAAUACAAUUUCAAUCACAAAAAGUGGAUUGGCAGCAAGGAGACUACAAAGACAGAAGUGGAGGAAACGAUUCGACUCAGUGGAACUCAGCCCAGCUCUGUUGUCAUUCCCGCUGACAGAGUCAAAAACCUCCCUCAGUCAAAUGGAGCAUGGAAGAUCAGCACAGAGACAGGGGGUCAGAAGGGGGGAGUCCCUCUGGAUCUGGUGGUCACGUUUAUCGGGAACGAGGGGGAGAGUGAGCUGUGUCCCCUCCGGUCCAACAGGGAGAACGCAUUCCAGAUAGGACAGAAGGAUGUGUGUGAGAUCAAAUUUGCUGCUGAUAUUGGUGAACUGUACAAGCUUCGCCUAGGUUACCUUGACAACACCAAGAAGAAGGGCUGGCUGUUGAGGCGGAUUAAAUGUGAAGACAGCAGUACUGGGGACAUGUUUACCUUUGACCUGAAUGACUGGGUCGCAGUGGACGAGAAGUCGGAUGGCUGGAGGGAGAUCCCGGUCCACUGGCCAGCCCUGCCCCAGCCUAAAGUUCUGAAGUACCAGGUUAUCACGUACCUUGGGGACGUCCACCAGCCAGGCACCGAGGCCAACGUGUUUGUCUGUCUGUAUGGAAGUCUAGGCAGCUCAGGAAAACGACUUCUGAAACACUCCCUCACCAGCAAAGAACGCUUCACACAGGAUCAGGUUGACCAGUUUGAGGUAGAGGCUGUAGAUCUAGGAGCCCUACAAAAGUUGGUCAUUGGACACGAUCAGCAAGGAGAAGGCUCAGGCUGGUACCUGAAGAAAGUGGUGGUGAUGGACUCGAUGGAUUCACUGGACAAGCUUGUCUUCCCAUGCAGUCAUUGGCUUGAUGAAGGUGAAGAAGAUGGAAAGAUUGAGAGAACCUUGUUACUGUCUGACGAGACUCUGUUUGAAGAGGACCUACCCCCCACACAAGUCAAAAGUCCCUCCCCAUCCCCCACUCAACAAGUUAAAAGUCCCUCCCCGGCACCCAGACAGAAAUCGAAGACUCCAACGCCAGCACCUAGAGAAAAAACAAAGACUCCAACACCAAUAAUGAGGGAAAAAUCAAAGACACCCACUCCUGCUCCAAGGGAGAAAACUAAAACUCCUACCCCAACACCCAGGGAAAAGAGCAAACUUACAGAUCCCACACCUCAAGAAAAUACAAAGACUCCCUCCCCGACCCCUAGAGACAAGGUGGACAGUGUAUCUCCAGUACCAGUGGUAUCAGAUGAAAAAGAAUCUCCAAAAAUGGAGAGUUCCAAACCAGCAGACAAACCAGAAUCCCCAGAGCCUCACAGUGAAAAACCAGUCUCACCAGAGCCAGAGAAAAUGCCUGAGCCAGAAAAAUCACCAGAACCACAUAAAACAGAUUCACCUUUACCUAGUAACAACAAAUUAGCAUCCAAUCCUGAAGAAUCAAGUGAAGAACAAAUAAAAUCUCAGAGUAAACCAGAUGAAACCUCCACCAAACCAGAGGAAGAAAGCAAAAUGGAGGAGGAACAAGAGAGGGAGAGUGCAGAAAAUCUAGAGAAAUCCCAAGACAAAGAGGCAGAACUGAAGACAGAAGAAGCAGAGAAAACGGAGGAAGACGCCAAGCCUAUCUCACCCCCUCCACAAGAAGGCAGUGUGAAAGUUUUUGUGACAACAAUGUCAGCUCCGGGCAGCGGGACCAAUGAUCAUGUGACCCUGACUGUGUAUGGAGACGCAGGGAAUUCUGGUCCCCUCAGUCUGGGGGAACCAGACAAGGGCUACUUCCAGCCUGGACAGACUGACGAGUUUCUGGUAAACUUUGACUCUGAAGAACUAGGAGGGAUCCGUAAAAUCCGAAUUGAGCAUGAUAAUCCUCAUACCCCCACUGGAUGGGGGCUGGAUAAGCUGGUUUUACAUGACCUGAAGUCAGGUGAGAAAUACGAGUUCCACAUUGGUAAAUUCCUGUCGUUUACUGGGGAGUAUGGAGAUAUAGCAGUGGAGGUACCUGCAGAAAAUAACACCCGCGAUUUCUGGCCAGUACGCCACUAUGUGGUAAUGGUGGAGACAGGAACAGAAGAGAAUUCUGGGACAGAUGCCACAGUUCACAUCACCUUGUUUGGUACACUAGGGGAUUCUGGGAAACGUUACCUUGUCAACAACAAGGAACAGAACAAAAAGUUUAGAACAGGAAAAGUGGACACUUUCAUUGUGGAGGCUGUUGAUCUUGGAAGAUUGGAAAAUAUCAUCAUAGGGCAUGAUGGGAAGGGUGAGGAGUCAGCCUGGUUCCUGGAAAAAGUGUCUGUCAAAGAGGGAGCAGACGCCAAGCACAAGUACAUCUUUACUUAUGGCAGCUGGCUACAGGACGACAAGGAUUAUGGGGUGGUUGAGGUGGAGCUCUAUAUGGACAGAAUGGAGAAAGAGAACUCGGUCCUACAAAAACAAGACCUGAACACAGUGGAGGACACCCAGAGGAGCAAUGAGGAAUUAGAGGACACUGGUGAUGUUAAUGGUGACCUAGGCAAUAAACAAGGUGAGGACACCAACAGGAGCAUGGAGGACAUAGUAACUAAGGGGAAAGAGGACCAAAACAGAGAGGAUGAGGACCCCAAUCAAACAGAAAACAUUACAUCAAAUGCUGACCAAAAUAAAGUAAUGGAGAAUAAAUCUGAAGACAAUAGAGAACUGAAUGAAGACAGAACAGACGGUAAAUCACCGAGUAAUGAGCAAAAUAGUGAAUCUCAAGACCAAAAUGGAGAAAGGAAUGAGCAAGGUGGGGAGGAAAACAAAGCUUCAUUGGAGGACCAAAAUAAGGCUAAUGAGGACACAAAUGGAAAGGAUACCAAUGUAGGCAGUGAGGGAAUUAAAACACCCUCUGAUGACCCCAGUAAAGUAAAUGAGGAUAAGGGAGAGGAGAAUUAAACCAACCACAAGGAUUCUUAUCGAGAGAAUGAAUGGAUCCACAAGCAGCACUGAGUGACAAUAUGUCCAUCUGCUUCAUUAUAAUACGACCAGUAAAGAGGGUCCUACUGAAGUAGCGGGUACAAGUGUACUGAUUGCUGGAGGAAGAAUGCAGUAAUAUAUAGAAUCUGUCGGCGAGAUUCUUUACACUGCAACCUGCUAACUGUUGAUAAUGGGCUCUACUCUUCCCAUGACAGAUGCCAUCAAACUUCUCUCUGAACUACCAGCACUUCACUAUGCAAUUUCUGUCUUGUUUCACAAUAUGUAACAAACAUUUAGUGCCAAAUGACAUAUCUGUUGUAAGCCAUUCCUUUAUUCCUCACACCCACCAACUUUUACUUUCAUCUUUCUUGCCACAUGUUAUCUACAAUGCUACACUCUAGUUUAUUUACUUCAUUUAUAAUAGUACCUGUAUGGUCAAUGAAGAACACUCUGUUUAACAUUCCAGUGCUACAUGUUUUUCUUUCAUUAGUCAGUAAUGUGUUAUUAAAGAAAAUGUCUGUGAUAUAUUUAAUAAUUGUGAUAGCAACGAAAGUUUUAGAAAUUUUACUGUAUUGGUACAUUUUACAUGUAGCAAAUAGCACAUAUCAGAUGAUCUCUGUAUCAAAGAUAUAAUCAACAGUAUUUAGUAUAUGUAUGUUCAGACCACCAGUUUAGAUCAUCUUUACAAUAUUUAUACAACUUACCCUAUUUAAAAAUAUUUGUUGUUAUUUUUUUAUACAAUAUACAUGUACUUGUGUAGGUUUACAUAAUUUCCUUUUUUAUAUGUUGCAUAUGUGCAUGUACUCAUAUAUAUUUAUAAGUAUAAAAUGUAGACUCUUUUACAUGUAUAAUAAUUAUAUAGAAACAAAUUAUAAUUUUUUUAUUUUUUAUUUAUGAUAGAACUCUUUAUUUGGCAUGACAAAUUACUGGUGAUUAUUUUAAAAGUAGAAAGAGCAGGUCAAUCAAUCAUCUUUUUGUUACUGAUUUAGUAUAUUUUAUUUAACAGUUACCAUGGUUACUAGGUUUGUCUAAAUGAUAUUGACCACCAUGAUUUUUAACAGUGUAGUUGCUUUUACUCUACCAGUGUCUGCUUUAGAUAGCUAGUCUUAUAACUUGAUUAGUGACACCUGAAUUACCAAUGAUAUAAAAUUAUGUUACAUUGUAGAUAGACCAACUGAAAAAUGUUGAACGUGCCAAUAUUUUGUUGUAAUUGGUUUAUAUAUGUACCUGUAUAUCUAAAUUAACAUUAUUGAAUAUUAAAUCAUAUCGUAACAACAAA